AUCAUCAAGAACACAGCAAGAUUUUAAAAUGGGACAAAUAAUAAGAAGAAUUGACUGGGAGGAUGUGAAAGACAGGAUUACGGGAGAGUUGCAGGACGUUAUGAUCUACUUAGACUGGACAUUGAGGACCAUAUUCAUGGGCAUUCCAAAAGAUGUAAUCGAUUGGAUUGACUAUCACAUAUGGAAUUUCAGAGCAAGAAUGUCGCAAGAUAGUUCCAACGAACAUGAGGAUGAGUACUGUAGGGAUAAGGAAGGAAUUCACAAGUUGGGCGAAAUUUGGUCAUCAAGGAACCGAUGUAACAAGAAGAUAUGCGUCGCUCAUGACACCAUCAAGGAGCUCAGGUGUCCCAUAAUCCCCAAGGACCACGAGGGUUGCCAUAUUGUCAAGGGUAACGUGAAAGACCCGUACCCACAGUGUUGUGACGAACUGAAGUGCCACAAUACAGUCAAGCCUCGGCCUAUAGUUAGACCCCAUAAACCUAUAUGGUGGAUCUACGAAAACUAUAUCCACUCGUGCAGCUCGGACAGUGAAGAGGAACUUUAUCCCCACCCUUCCACCAUCAGCGCCAAAGUCAGUGGCUUGGACAGAAUUGACCAAGAUUAAGAGAAAUGAGUAUAACGUACACAGGCCUUCUCAAAGAGGAAGAAAGAAUACGGUGGGGGAUGUAUCUAGAAAGAAAGAAGUAUUAGUGGAAAACUCCAUAAAAACAGUAUGUUUGAGAUGGAGUAGGUGGACGACGAAAAUAACAAAGAAGAUUAAGGAUAGAGAUGUGCAGCCUUAAAGUAUUUUGAAACUGGUACAUAGAAAUAUCAAUAUUUAAGUAUGUUUACUGAUCAUGGAUGAUUUGUUCAGCUAUAUUAUUAUAAUGGAGAAAUGAAUAAUGAACAUACCAAUAACCGGAAUAAAGAAACAAUAAGUAAUAAUUUUAAUGUACAAAUGAAUAACUAUCUAAAAGAAUUAUUUGUGUAUUA